UCUAAUAGCCGCGACGAGAGCGAGCGACGGCGCACCGUGAACUUGGCUACCGAGCCGGGCGCGCUUCGUUUGACGGCCGGCCUCGUGCUCGUGGGUGCAUCGACCUGCCGCGGCUCCCAAAACGAAUCUGGCAUUGUGCCCCGGCAGCGCCGUGAGCGCCGAUCCGUAUAACAGCGCGGCCGGGAAUGCGCUUCCGAAAGACGGGCGAACACGCGCGCGCUAACAGACUCGUACCUCCCCCCGCGCGACUGCAGGUGACACGCGCCUACCUGACGAGCGCCAUACUGACGAGCGCCAAGGUGUCCGCGGAUGCGUCGGGACGAUCGACGACGCCUGCACCGCGGCCGUGGCAUGCUUAUCUGCCGGUCCACGUCGAUCACGCGCUCGCCAAUGACCUGGAGAGGCCCGGCUUCGCCGAGGAGGCUUCCCGCCCGAGGGGACUCCAGUCCGCGGCGACGGGCUCCAGCAGCCGGCAGCAGAAGUCGCGGACUGACGCCCGUCAGAGGUUCCCCACGGAAAUUCAGCGCGAUCAAGUUUGGCUUUCGGCGGAAGUGCCGUCGAGCGCAUCGCCGUCGCCAUCGCCGCCAACGACGCUCAGAGCCACGACGACGACGACGACGACGGCUUCGACGACGUUAUCGAGACCGCGAGGUAUCCGAGAGUAUCAGCGCGACGUACCUCGACGAUACCCGUAUCAGGAUAUCGAAGAGCUCGACGGGUACCUGACGGAUGGCCUGGAUGACGGCAAACUGCCGUAUCGUUGGAAAGCUGAGUCGACGUAUCGGCAUCGCGGGCCGCAAGACAUAACGACGGCCAUCAGGGCCCUCGAUCGCUUCCUGAGCGAGGCUCUGAACGUCGACAGCUACAACAGCCAGCUACAUCCACCGCCCAAUCCCGUUUUAGCCCUCAUCCUGUCCCGCUACGGGCGCUACGUGCCGGGCACGCGAAACCCUCGCGUGUACGCGCACACGGCGGCGAACAAUAUGCACAACAACCAACCGUUCGGCAUUUACAAGUACGAGCAGGACGAGCAGCCGAUUUACACGCUGCGAUAGCGCGGUCGUGAUGAUUCAUCCGUCGCGCCGCACCGCGCCGCGCCGCGCCGCGCCGGCGAGAGUGUCGGCCGCGCGAUGCACGGACGCGAGAUAAAAACGCACCGGGAGAAAGACAUGGUUUUCAUGUUACGCGUAAAAAUUAGAUUCUUGCCUCUGAUCGUACGACUCUUGUUAUUCCAGCAAAAAGUUUACGCAUCUAUGGUUAUUAUCGUCAUUGUCGGCAACAGUGGUUCUCGCGGUUCUGUAAUUCUUUCGUUUACCCGAAAAUAGUAUUCUAUUUGUAAAGUGAUUUUUCUCAUAGUCUCAUAUUCUAAGCCAGAGCUCGGCAAAGUUUACAACUUUCGGCCGAUUUUCGGAAGCUACGCCUUCUAUCUCCCCUUACCGCGCGGCGGAUCCAGCAACUGACGGUCGCGGCUCGCGACUUCAGGACCGUUGAGAUCAUAAGGCGCAUCUAUGUGGUGUCUACUAAAGAUGCGUUCGGGGAGCGCGUCGAUCAGCGCUAACGCGAUAUUCAACCCUUGUACAUGUAAUGAGCGAUAAAGAUAGAAUAACGUGUUAACGUUGACAAUGCGCUCCUUUAACACACCUCAAAGACACACCUGAAAAAUAAAUGUAUCGAUACAACUAUAUGUAUAAUAUUUCGUACAAAUAUGUACAAAUAUAUAUACUUGUAUAAGUAUAUAUAUUUUUUUUUCUUAUAUUUUUAUAAUUAGAAGGUAACAUAAUAUGGGUUUCCUCGUCACCCAUGAGGUACUAUUGCCGACGCGUUUUUUUUGUUUAAAUCACAUAGAUGCGCCUUAUGAUUUCAACGGUCCUGAGAUCGCGAGCCGCGCGGUAAGGGGAGAUAAAAGGCGUAGCUUCCGAAAAUCGGCCGAAAGUUGUAAAGUUUGCCGAGCUCUGUUCUAAGCGAAGCCUGUCACAGGGAAAGGAUUCCUCUUUCGAUAGAGCGAUUAAAGUGAGGCAUUCAUCGAAAAUUUAUUAGAUAUUAUUCCAACUGCUUUCCUCUUAUUUCAAGAGGAUUUCCUUUUACAUCAAUUAAUUUUCCUCUUAUAUCAAGAGAACUUACAUCGUCGCCACAUUUAUUUUGUGGACAACGUCUAGAGCAAAGAAAAAAGAAAGAGAGAUCGUUAUUUAGUUUGCGUUGUUUUUCCUGGUUGUUUCGUUAUUCGUCGAAAUUCAAGAAUUUUUGGAAAAAGUCAAUACUUAAUCGCGUUGCACACUACACCACUUAAAUGUCAUUUAGAGUACUCAAAAUUACAAAUUUAUGUUUUUUCCUAUUUUUUCAGCAGAAAGUCAAAAAAUAUUUAACUAGAAUU